CCGGCCUCUCACCGUGAGGUUCCUCUCGUUCCUCUCUCGCUCGUCUCUCGAGCGUGGUUCGCGAAACGAUCCGAAGGAGAUUCGCGCAUUUCUCUAUCAGUCCAUCACUCGCAUUCUUUGUCCUCACAAUCGAAUUCUUACGGCACGUCGAUCAUUUGCGGGGUGGCUCGACGAGGGUAAUGUGAAGCUUGAGAGGAGGACCACACGUCGAUGUACACGCGACCACUGCCGACGACUGCGUGAAAAAAACUCGAUGUGAUGGAUCGAUAGAGGAGAUGAUAGUCUCGUGACAUGAGAGGACGAAAAUGAUGAGGAGGAGCGGCAUGAACAGACGAGCGAACAACGGCGAAGGAGCCCUGAUCCUGCUCCUCGUCGCAUUGACUCCUGUUAUCUGCUCCGCCGGAAUCCUGGACCCUUGGACUCAGUGGGCGCGUAGCGAUCAGAUCGAAGUCAACUUACCUUGGUUGCGACCUUUCUUGAACGAAACGCGCUGCUACGGCGAUCUGGGUUGCCUGAACAUCACCAAGAGCUGGUACCAUAUUAUACACCGACCUCUCAACGUCUUCCCUUUGUCGCGAGAGAUCAUCAAUACCAGAUUCAUCCUUUACACGAAUUACAACCUCUUGGACGGUCAAAUAUUAAACGUGGCCAAGGAUAAAUCCAUCGAAAAUUCGAACUUCAAUUCUAAGAGAAAGACCAAGUUUAUUAUACACGGUUUUAUAGACACGCCACUCAGCAACUGGGUUAAGGAGAUGCGAAGCGAGCUGUUGGCGCACGGAGACUACAACGUUAUCGUGGUCGAUUGGGCGGGUGGUAGUUUACCCUUGUACACCCAAGCAACGGCGAACACAAGACUGGUCGGGCUUGAAAUAGCUCAUCUCAUUAAGCACUUGCAAACCAAGUACGGCGUCGAUCUGAACGACGUACAUCUGAUCGGGCAUAGUCUCGGGGCUCACACGGCCGGAUACGCGGGCGAAAAAUUGAACGGCAAAAUCGGACGUAUCACCGGUUUAGAUCCCGCGGAACCCUACUUUCAGGAGAUGCCGAGCCACGUUCGCCUGGACUACACGGACGCCCGAUUUGUCGACGUAAUUCACACAGACGGAAAGAGCAUCUUCUUUUUAGGGUACGGAAUGAGCCAACCAUGCGGCCAUCUGGACUUUUAUCCGAAUAACGGCAAGGAGCAACCUGGGUGCACGGAUCUGAGCGAGACUACGCCGUCGUUGCCGCUCACUCUGAUACGCGAGGGUCUUGAGGAAGCCUCGCGUGUUCUUGUCGCUUGCAAUCACGUGCGCGCGCUUAAACUUUUCAUCGAGAGCAUCAACUCCAAGUGCCAAUACGUCGCGCACGAGUGUUCGAACUAUUCCAGCUUCCUGCGGGGCGAGUGCUUUUCCUGCAGGAGCAACAACAGCCUGAGCUGCGCAACGAUGGGCUAUCACGCGGACAGCAGCCCGGCGCUGAUGAAGCGCAAGGAGAUGGGACAAGACGUCACGUCCUUGAUAGGCUCCAAGUUCUUCCUCAAAACCGGCAAGGAAGAGCCUUUCUGCAGGAGGCAUUACAGAAUCACCAUCAACCUCGCAAAACCACCGACUGCAGAGAGCUGGGUGCAGGGAUUUAUGAAAGUCACUCUUCACGCCGACAAAGGCGUGAUACGCAACAUGGAUCUCACGCCGAGCGGUUACAUGAAAUUGGAACACGGCUCGACCGUGCGAAUGGUCGUGACCCAUCCGACCGGCUCGAUCGGCAGCAUCGGCAAGGUCAGGCGAGUCGAGCUCUCCUGGGUGUACGACAUGGACGUGCUGCAGCCUAGGUCUCUGUGCAUCCUCUGGUGCAACGAUCGACUCUAUGUCAACAGCGUCAGCGUCGACGCCAUGGAUCUGCCGAGCAGAGGGAAACGGGAGGCGGAUUUCUCCAGCAAGCUCUGCUCGACCAGCACGCAGGAUUACGCGGAGAUCGCGAGCGGAUCCACAGCUUUGUUCGUCGACAAUUGCUGAUGACGGUCCAUUCCGUGUUCAGUCAAAGCUAUUCAGGUGGUAAUUAUAAAAUGCCCGCAGCCGGAGGCGAUUCUCGAAAGCCGGAUGACGAUGACGAAGCAAAGUGGAAGAAUCGCGUAACUUACCCUCCGUAAUCUCAUAUUUCCUUUUGCUGAUGACAUGUCAUAGCGCGAGACAUUCGCGCGAGCGCGCGUACACACGCACUUUCUUUCCUUCUAUUUUGUUUCGCGAACCCCACUUUCUUUUUAACGCGCCGCGGUCCGACGACGCGCUAAUUAAUGCCUCGAUAAACUCGAGCCGAAUUAUCCUAAUUCUCGCGGACGACCGCGAUUCGCCUAAUCGAGUUCCUAGAGAUUCCGUCUUCGUUUGUCGGCGAAAGAUUGAUAAUCUUAAUUGCGCGUGAUGCGCGAUUGCUAAAAAGUCCCGUUCGUUAAAAAAAAUAAAAAUUCUUAGGAAGUCGAGCGCGUCCAGUUCGCGCUCGCGGACUGACGAAAUUGGACGAGCACGAAGUGAGAGUCUCUGAACAGAAAAGUCGGACUUUCUGUUUCUUUUCUUUUUUUUUUUUUUUUUUUUUUNUUUUUUUUUUUUUUUUUUUUUUUUUGUAAUGUAUAAUCAUUUCUUUAGUAUUAGUAUUCAUCAUAUGUUAUUAUGUACAUGAUGUAUAUAACAUUUAAGUAAUCUCUCUCUUAAGACUUUCUUUCGGAUGUGAUCGCCGCUAGAGCUUUCAGUGAUUGCUUAUUUUAAGGCUCCCGUUCGGCCAUCAGGGUGGCUCUUACGAAACUUUUCGGGAUCGAUUUCGAGACUUUUAUCUCUAAUUUUUUUUUCCUUUUUUCUUUUUCUUUCUCUCAAAAAGAAAGAGAAAUAGAACGAAUCAGUAAUCGAAAUCAUCUUCGAUCGAAAAAUCGAUUUCGAAUAGUUUCAUAACAGACACCCCCGCAUCUAUGUAUUAUACACAUCGACACACAUGUUUUUCUGUUUUAUUUGUACGAUGAUUGUUAACUAUCAUCAUAUUGUCUUUCGCGAAUACCAAUAUAUAUAUAUAUAUAUAUAUAUACAUGUAUAUGUAUAUAUAUACAUAUAUGUACGAUAAGAGCUUGUGAUAUUCUCUCGUAACAUAGGAACCACGAAGAGUGCGCGGAAUACAUUAACGACAAUUGCGUAUAACUCUGCUAAUAAUUUUUGCUCUUAUAAUCUUUACAAAUGAACUGUACAAAACAUGUAAUGGAAGGCAAGUUUCGUUAGCGUAAGAAGAGUAUUCCGGAUUGUUUUUUCUUUUAUAUAUAUAUAGUAUUAUAUAUAUAUAGUUUAUAUAUAUAUGACUGUUUUGUAAAUUGUUACAAUGUAUAAAAUAAACGUUAGUUGCGAAUACUCUGUGACGCGAAAAAAUAAAUGGAUAUAUUUGUGUGCAAAAAUAGAAUUUACGUGUGACGUGUGUAUGUGUGUGUGUGUGUGUGAUUGUGACUUCGAAGUGAGGUGUGUGCGUUUUUGGAGAUCUCGGGGGAAAAUCGAAGAAACACACACUUACCACUACAGCUUUGCUAAUCUUUCGCAGUGUUUUUACUCCUCUCUCGAUUGAAACGCUUUUACAC